UGUCUUCUUCUUCUUCUAAGGUUUGGUUGGCUUAAUUUCCAAGAAUAUGGGGCGUUCUCCAUGUUGCGAGAAGGUGGGGUUGAAGAAAGGGCCAUGGACUCCAGAGGAAGAUCAAAAACUCUUGGCUUAUAUUGAAGAACAUGGCCAUGGAAGCUGGCGUGCCUUGCCUGCAAAAGCUGGACUUCAAAGAUGUGGCAAGAGUUGUAGAUUAAGGUGGAUUAACUACCUAAGACCUGAUAUCAAAAGAGGAAAGUUCAGUUUACAGGAAGAACAGACCAUCAUUCAACUCCAUGCCCUUCUUGGAAACAGGUGGUCGGCUAUAGCUACUCAUUUACCAAAAAGAACAGACAAUGAGAUCAAGAACUACUGGAAUACACAUCUCAAGAAAAGAUUGACCAAGAUGGGGAUUGAUCCCGUAACUCACAAGCCUAAAACCGAUGCCUUCGGGUCCGCCAGUGGUAACCCCAAGGAUGCCGCCAACCUUAGCCACAUGGCUCAAUGGGAGAGCGCUAGGUUGGAAGCGGAAGCUAGAUUGGUCAGAGAGUCGAAACUAGUUUCGAACCCUCCCCAAAACCAGGUUGGCUCCUCCUCUUCCUCGGCGGCUCCACAAUCCAACAAUGCUGUGGCUCCAGCAACUAGACCGCAAUGCCUUGACGUACUCAAAGCGUGGCAAGGUGUAGUCACCGGAUUGUUCACCUUCAACAGUGACAACCUCCAGUCUCCAACCUCAACGUUGAACUUCAUGGAAAACACGUUGCCGAUCUCGUCUGUUGGAUUCAAUGAUAACUUUGUUGGGAACUCAAUCAAUCCUUGUGAAGGUGAUGGGAUCGUAAAGGACAGUGGUGGGAAUGAUUGGAAAUGUCUGGAGAAGUCGAACCAAAUUCCCGAGUUAAAGGAAAGAUUGGAUAACUCAAUGGGAUUGCAUGAAAUGGCCUACUCCUCAGAGAGUGCAUGGUUUCAAGACUCAUACAGGGCAGAAAAUAUGAUGGAAGGUUACUCGGAUAUAAUGGUUUGUGAUUCUGUCGAUCAGCAGAAUUCGUCAAUGACGCCUGGAGAAAACUUGACUGGAACAAGCUACGCUAGUUCUUUCGAGGAGUACAAGAAUUAUUGGAACAGCAUACUUAAUUUGGUGAAUGCUUCACCAUCUGGUUCACCUGUGUUUUGAAAGCUGGAUAAGAGUACUCCCAGCUCUAGAAUUUGAUUGAUAAGUGCAUUCGCAUUCCAAUUAACUGUAACGAGAAAACUUUCAAUUUAA